GCUGCAUGCUGGCUGGGCAGUGGGCUGGGGAUCCUAUGACAACAGUGGGGGUGGGGGUCUGCUCAGCAUGGAGGCGAUAAGGAAUAGGAUCAUGUCCUAUCGGGGGUCUGGCAAACAGGGAGCUGUGCAGCUGAGGAGGCGGAAAUCCAAACUGUACAGCAAGGAGGGGGGCAGUGCAGGGUAUAGAGCAGGUACUGCAUGGGGUAAGGGCAGGACACAGCCUUAUAUAGGGCAUGGCUGUCUCUUAAAGGGGCAAUACAAUCAGCAUAGGUUAAUGAAGUGGUUAUGGUGCUAGGAGGGUAUGGGGUGGGUGGUGCCACUCUGGUUUUUGUCAAACUAUUCAAGUGAUUUAAGAGAAUUGGAUGGCUUCCUGGUACUCAUUGCCUGAUCCACUAUAAGGAGCAGUGACAUUUCUUCAUUACCUGUAGCAAUAUUUGGAUGGUGUGACACCCAUGGCUUGCCCACACGCUGUGAUUAUUUGAUGUCUGUGCUGGGCCCUAGCAGGAAGUGGCAUUCAGAAUUUUACAACCCCCUUUACGUCAACCAUAAUGUUAGGGUACAAAAAGGGCUGCAGCAAUUUUUGGUACAGUUAGUACUGCAAUCUAGUACAGUAUUCAUGCACAAUGUAUGGCGCAAUGAAAGGAUUGCAAGAGCGCACAUAUAGCGUUAUGGAAGGAAUGCCCAAGCUUGUAAUGGCUUGCUUGUGGCAUUACGGGGCAGUGACAUCAGUCUGAAACAAGUUCUGUAGAGUUAUUUCUGUUUUCACUGCCCUUUACACUUUUAGUAAACACUUUAAUAGCAUUUAGUUAGGUUAGGGAACAAUUUAGUUCCUACAUAAUAAUUCUUGUGGUUUUUGCACUCACUGCUAUCCUGAUAUAAAAAUCCCAUAAAGCUGUGUAGGACAACGUGUGUACUGGUUUUAAGAGAUUGUUUAUAAUUUUUCUAGGUGCAACGUCACAAUAGUAUCUGACAGCACAACAUAUACUAUUAACCCCUUAAGGACCAAACUUCUGGAAUAAAAGGGAACCAUGACAUGUCACACAUGUCAUGUGUCCUUAAGGGGUUAAACAUUUUGCCAAUUAAAAUAUGCCACAGGCUCUAAAAAAUGUAAGCAGCACUAUGCACAGCACAUGUUAAACUGAAACUAAAUAAUUGACAAUAUUUAUUAAGCAAACUCUAAAUGGGGUAAAUAGUCUUCAUAACCAAUUUAAGUAUCAACAAGAUGCAAACAAAGCAUUUAAUCUUAGACUUGGUACUUAGAUUUGAAAUGUAAAGUUAUGGUUCCACCACUUGCUAUUAUGACUAAACAAAAAUGAAGUAACUAAUAUUUUUUUUUUAUUAUUCCUUGAGAUCUCUUUGGAGAAUAUGGUUGUCUGGUCUUGUUCACCAUUGCAUUCCGGGUCCUUAACUGCUUCAUGGUCCAAACAAGCUUUGUCCCAGAUGAAUACUGGCAAUCUCUUGAAGUUGCACACAAUAUGACAUUUAAAUAUCCUUUUAUUUACAACUACUUAGUUAUUUAGAACAAUGUGUAUUACAGGUGUGCAAUAUUGGAUUAUUACAGAGCUUGGGUAGUCAGCAGGUAGCAUUACUAAUGCGGUGUACUUACAAGUCUCCAUGGUGCUGAAUCCUAAAUAAAAUCAUGUCUACGGUUGACUAAGCAUCACAGGUUUGAAGCCUCACAGCAAGUGGAGUGGUUCAUGUUUGCUGUCACAUCUAUGAGAAAAUAAGGGUUUGGCUGCACUCACCUACACAUGCUAAAUUAGGGUGCUGCUGGGGGCCAAUAAGUACAGUAAAAAUGAAAAUCCAGCGCACUCGCUUAUCUACUAAACAGUCAUUUUAAUGCUGAACAAUUUUCAGUUUUAUUAAAAACACCUAAUCUAGGCAAAAAAAUAUAAUGGGGGUUUAGUUACAGUAUAUGAUCAUACAUUGCAUAAGCCUCCACAACGUGGCAAUGUACCCCAUCCUGCCAAAGAUGGGGUACAUUGACGUUGUGGCAGGCUUAUGCAAUGUAUGAUCAUAUACUGUAACUAAACCCCCAUUAUAUUUUUUUGCCUAGAUUAGGUGUUUUUAAUAAAACUGAAAAUUGUUCAGCAUUAAAAUGACUGUUUAGUUGAUAAGCGAGUGCGCUGGAUUUUCAUUUUUGCUAUCACAUCUAUGACAUAACCCAUUAUUUCAUAUUUAUCAAGACUUGUAAUUUUAGUGUAACAGGGCUUGACCCAAGAUUGUGAAAGAUGGCUCGCGAAAAUGUUACCAAUCAAUAUUAAAGUAUUGACAUUUUAAGUAUUUAUAGAAGACUCAUUUAGAUGCAUUUCUGUUUAGCUCUUGCAUUCAGCAGACAUUUUUCAUUAUUAAACGUUGCAGUAAUUAUGUAAAGUUGCUCAUCUGAUUGUGAUUUUGUCACCAUAUUAAUUAGACAAGUUAUCCAGUAUUCAUUAAGCAACCCGAGAUUGUGCUUUUAUUUCUGUUUACGUCUGUUAAAACCUUAACAUUGAUACUUAUGGCUAUUUAACUUGGGAAUGGAAUGAAGGUUUGAGAGGCUUCUCAUAUCCAUUGGUGUUUGGAGGCAUCUACAAAAUAUUAUACUGGAUUGGAAAGGAUGAUGUUUGGUUCCUAGUGAGUACAUUACUAACCUGUGAUUAUAGUGAAUUUAAUCCAAGUGGCAAAUUUGAAUUUAAAUUUGCUGAUCUGGAAACAUUCCAUAAGUCUGUUAUACAAUUUUUCUAUUUCUGGCUCAUUUUUGCCAUUUGUCUUUAAUUCACUAAAAUUCAAAGAGAUUACAUUUUAAGACCAUUCCUGGUACAUCAACUUGUAGAUGGAGGAAAACUAGUUCUGUUGAAAAAUAAUACAAAUAGAGAUCUUUAUUUAUUUUUAUCUUCAUUAAUUAAAAAAAUAAUAAACAUAGGUAUGGGUUCAAUGACUACACUCAAUAUUGCUUGUUUAUGCAUUGUAUUAUUAUUCUACCAAUACUGUUGACUUUUUUUUUCUUUUCUUUUUUUAUAGAUCUGGAUUCCUAGACUUGCUCAGUCCAUCUUUUCAAGCCUUGCAGAUGUAAGACUAUACAUCUUAAUGCGGAAACUAGAAAAUGCUGAGUUGGCAAAGUGGGUGGUAUGUAUGACUUUUAUAUCAAUUACAAAUCACAUUACACAAAGAAAGAAAAAACCCCAAUAUAAACUACAGCAAGAAACUCGGGUCACUUAUUAAUAAAUGUAUGGAUAUAGAUUGAAUUGUGCAAAUGUAGAUUAAGCUGCAUUUAAAGUUUUUACCACAUAAAUUGCAGUUAUAUUAUAGUUAUACAUUUAUUUGCAUUUUUAUAAAUCUAUAUAUUGUCAGCUGAUACUCUAAACUGAACUGAACAUUUCCACUUUAAAAUCAUCACAGAAGACUCGAAGUACUGAAGAUGCAGUAAGGUUUGACUCCUUACUAUGGGACAGUGCCAAGGGACUCCUAACACUGUAAGCACUACAGGUCUAAAGUGGUUAUUGUGCAUAAAGUGCCCCUUUAACCCCUUAAGGACCAAACUUCUGAAAUAAAAGGAAAUCAUGACAUGUCACACAUGUCAUGUGUCCUUAAGGGGUUAAAGGACCACUCUAGGCACCCAGACCACUUCAGCUUAAUGAAGUGGUCUGGGUGCCUGGUCCAGCUAGGGUUAACCCAUUUUUUUUUAUAAACAUAGCAGUUUCAGAGAAAAUGCUAUGUUUAUAAAUAGGUUAAUCCAGCCUCUAAAGCCUCUAGUGGCUGUCUCAUUGACAGCCACUAGAGGCGUUUGCGUGCUUCUCACUGUGAAAAUCAUUAUGAAUGCUUUCCUAUGAGACUGGCUGAAUGCGCGCGCAGCUCCUGCCGCGCAUGCGCAUUCAGCCGAAGAGGAGGAGAGCUCCCCGCCCGGUGCUGGAGAAAGGUGAGUGUUUAACCCCUUCCUCUCCCCAGAGCCCGGCGGGAGGGGGACCCUGAGGGUGGGGGAACCCUCAGGGCACUAUAGUGCCAGGAAAACGAGUAUGUUUUCCUGGCACUAUAGUGGUCCUUUAAGAAAAAAAUGGAAACAAUAUAUAUGAGAUUGGCCACUCUAAGUUGAUUAUGCCUCUUUGAAUGCAUGGUUAAGAAAUGUAAGUUUAGUGUCUGUUACAUUAAUAUGAAUCUAUUUUUAUGAAUCUAUUUUUCAGUACUUUUGCCAGAUGUGUUCAUGGUUCACUUGGUUCUGUGCCACUCGAACGUUAACAAACACAAUGGAAGCUGUACUUGGCACUUUUGCUUUGUAUUAUUACCCUUUAGAAGGUUCACGCACAAAGAACAGGUAACAGGUAUUAAUUAUCUAAGCAACAUCUCAAGUUCGUUUUGUGUGCCCUUUUCUCAAACAUUGCCCUUUUCUUGUUUUAUAGCACCAAAUAUCUAAUUUUUGUUGCCCUGGGAUUCAUCAUCCGACCAACAGCUGUCAUUCUUUGGAUUCCUUUAGUUUUCUGCCAAUUUCUAAAAGAGAAGAAAAAAAUAGACUUGCUUGUUCAGCAAUGCCUACCUGUUGGGUAAGUGUGUAUGUUUUAAGACUAUAAACUGUCUUCAAGGAUUACUUUGAUGGGCAACCAUCAUAUUUCUUGAAACUCCAACAGUUAAUAUAUUCCACAACACUUUCAAAUUAUGCAGUUUUUUUUUAAUCCUAACUGUAAGUAAUUGACAGACACAAGAGGUUUAGAGGGCCCUGCCCAAACAAGCGUGCUAUCUCGAUUCAGUGAGAAAAAGGUAGAGCUUAUAACAGUGACUGGGAGGGAGCCAAGAUAGUGGCACUUGGUUUUAGGUAGAGUGAUGUCUAUACCUGCAUGUAAUAUUAUAUUUCAGACCUCACAAACACAUAUUUGUUAGCUUCUCAACCAGAGAUAACCCUACAGUAUGUUGACGUCCCGGCCUGCUGGGUAAAAAUUUUAUUUGUCUUGGGUAUUUUUUUGUUUGUUUAUUUGUUUGUUUAUAAUACAGCUUCAAAUUUUAAUUAUCAUUUUACUUCUGAUUUACAUACAGUGUGAGGCUGUCAAGACACAGCUUGGCACAUGAUGCAAAUCACUAGUAUCCCAUGAAGCUGUGUGCAUGCACAUACACCAUAAUGAAAAGCAUAUACCCAGCAUGAAUGCAGGUACACAGCAUUGGGGGGGAAAAGAUACGCCCAAGAGGAACAAUAGGAUAGUGUCUGCACUUGUGUUUGGAAGUGUAUGUUAUGGUAACUUAAGAUAUGUAUUCCAAUAUUACUGGUGUAAGCCUGUUUGAAAUGGUUAUCAAUAAAAAAUAUUGUUUCCACUUUAAAAGUUUAUACAUUUUUAUUAUGUAUGCUGUAAAGUAGCUAAAGUAUUUCCUAGGUUACUUCUAACCUAGCUGAGUUUGGGAUGUCAUUUCUCAUGCUAAUGAGUGACUCCAACUCUAUUAAAAUGUCCAAGGUAUAGCUGUAGAAUAUCAGUACUAAAUUAUACAUCUUUAUAUUUCACUAGAUUAUUCACUUUUGGGAUAUCAUUUGUAAUCGACCGUGUAUUUUAUGGCAAAGUAAGUAAUUAUAAUCCCUUUUGUGGUUAAAUUAUGUAGAAAAUAAACAAUGUGGCUGCAAUACCAGAUUGACUGUAUAUCUGACUGACUAACGGUAUCCACAUUAGUAGGUAGAUCUGUUUAAUAGAAAUAACAAAACCCUGUGAAUCGUGUCUACAUAUUGACACAUGAAGCAUGCAGAUAUGAUCAAGCAUUUUAAUGAUGUAUGACCAGACAUUGGAUUUUGGAGGACAGGUUAUCUAAGUGAAUUUUGAUGUAUAGUGAUAGUAAAUGCUACAUGUGACAGUCCUUACAACCGACUUGGGGUAUUCAGACAUUCGGCAGCAUUUACAAAGGUUAGUGCAAUAUAAAAUAUUCAGUGUGUGUCUAUUCUACACACAAAAGAGCACCUUAUUACCUAGGUCAGAGAAUUGUUUGGAUCAUUCAUCAUGACAAUUCUAAACUACUCAUCUACUCCUUAAUGUGUAAUAUGCAAAAUUCUUACAAUGCGUCACAUGGUCAUUAAACCUGGGGGAUUGGUCACCUGAUGCCCAGAGUGUUAUGAGUCGAUAUGUUGAGUAUAGGGUACAUGUGUCCUUGAGCUUGCAUGUGCUACAAUGUAAUGUCAGGGCUGCUGGAUCCAGGAAGUAAACUUUGCAGUCCCCCUGCUUAUUAACGGCACAAAAGCCAGUAAACCUACUAUGACAUAAAUUAUGCCUAAUUUAGUACUCCAAUAAUGUUUCCAAUAGAACCAGCUAUGUAGAACAUUUCAAGCAAUGGAAAAUUACUAUUACUAAAAUAGGUACUUUAAAAAAAUGCUUGAGAACUUACCUUUCCAAUAACAAUGUGCUAAAUAAAAAUAAGAUAUUAAAGUGCAUAAAUGUAAAAAAAAUGCUGAAGUUCAUUUCAUAAAUUCGUUGGUGUUUUGCUGCAGUCGGAUUGAUUUGCUCUAUAAAUGGUAUCCACUUCUGGCAUUUAUCAAACUGAGCUACCCCUUCAUUAAGUGAUAGUACCCUGAAAAGACAGAUAUGUUUAUUCUCUAAACUGUUAAUUGUGAAGAAUUUACAAGAUGAUUGCACAUUUUACAUCAAAGUAUCCAAGCUGGAAAAGGUUCUCCAGCUCAUCUAUUUUUUCCAGCACAGAUAUUUUAUGUAGAAACUUGCAUUCCCCUUGUCAGUGCCCCACAAUUCCCAUUCUAAUGAAUAAACCCCAUAGCGUGGCUGUAUAAAUGUUAACUGGCUACUUUAUUAAAAUUAUCUAAACUAUAAUACAAUAUUUUAAGGAAAUAAAUUAAAUAAAUUGUAGACAAUUCUAAAUAAUAAAUGUGAUGUUCUCAUUAUUAUUAUUAUAAGAAUCACAUUGGAAUAUCUGCAUUUCCUUUUAGUGGACCUUUGUUCAGUGGAACUUCCUGAAGUUUAAUGUUCUUCAGAACAUGGGAGCAUUCUAUGGGUCUCACCCUUGGCACUGGUACAUCACCCAGGGGUUUCCUGUCAUCAUCAGUACCCACUUCCCAUUUUUUAUUCAUGGCAGCAUAUUGGCACCCAGAAGAUAUCGAAUUCUCCUUGUAGCUGUCAUUUGGACUGUUUUUGUUUAUAGGUAAGUAAGCUUAGGAUUCGUACUUUUACAGUCUCUCUAUGAUUAAAGAACAACUGUCAUACAAAUUUUCAUGUCUUGUUUUGUAAAGGUUUAUUAUAUUAAAUGACAUGUGACUUUUGUUUUUUAAAUUAUGUAGUUUGAUUUAUAUAUAUAUAUAUUUUUUUUUUUUAUUUUUAUUUUUUUUUUAUUAUUAUUUUUUUUAGAGAAAAUCUCAUGUAUUUAUGUGGCCGAGUAGCCAUGUUGGGUCAGACUGUUAUCUGACUUGCCUGUAGCUAUGAUGCCUCUGUUUGAAACUGCAGCAGGCAAGUUAGGUAAAGCAGCAGACCAGCAGCAACAUGGCUACUCAGCCAGUAGAAAAAUUGUGAAACUUAAAAAAAUAAUAAUAAUUCCAAGUUUCAAUAAAUGUAAAGAAACUUUUUUUUUUUUUUUUUAAAGUGAAAGUUUGUUGAGUUGUCCCUUAAUAAAUGUGUUAUAUGUUCGUUAAGAGGAUGGUUUCAAACAUGAACACUGUGCACUUUGUGUGCUAAUGCCUUGGCCCUAGUGGUAGGUUUGCCCAAACAGUAGUACUUCAUUUAAUCUUUCACUUUUUUCUUAUCAUUAUAUGCUGGCUGUGUAGUGACAGUGAAAACUGGUAGCAGUAGGUGAAUUGGAUUUUUUUUUUUUUUUUUUUUUUAAAUAUAGGGCAAAACCUUAUAAUCCUAUUGUCAAUAGGUGCAGUGUUAGGUUCUUUCUUUCCCACUCCUGACGGAUGGUAAAUAAUGCAGAGAGCACCUACAAUGCGCCAGUUAGUGAAGGAGGCACCUGGGUAUUCAGUAACUAUCCCUCCCUAUAGUCUAAUUGGGAUUCUGCUUCAGUACUGGUUUAGGAAUGGGCCGAAAGGAAUAUAUCCUAUGGCUGGCCUCUGCCUUUUCAUCCAGUCAACCACAUCACUUGGGAACAGAGUAGCUUGUGGAUAAACGUUACAGAUCCCUGUGUCCUGUCUUAUUCUUCUAGCAUGCUGAGCCAUAAAGAGUUUCGCUUCAUCUACCCAGUGCUGCCUCUCUGCAUGGUAUUUUGUGGUAAGUGCAUGUAUAUGUCUGGUUUAGCAUCUGUCUGUUGAGAUUAUUUCUGACCAUUCUGAUUCCUUACUCAAUGUUUAGGAAGUAUUAAAAUACACUUAUUUUACCAAACCUGAUAUGACUACACCUAUAUGUUGUAGCCAAAUUGCUACAGGUUAUAUUUCUUUUUCACUAGACAUUUUUGACCUUCAUACAGUUCACCCCUAAGCCAUCAUAGUGUUAAAGAAUGGAAAUGCAGACGGUAUGAGCGUCCUGUGACACAGCAUUAUCCCAGAGCCUCUGGCAAAACUGGAGAUGUUGUAUGCCUUUUACAUCAUGGUGUGAGGUAGAUGUGUAGGCUUCAUCCUGAAACAUGGCAUCCUGGGGUGAUCUUUUAAUUUCUAAUGGAUCUCAUGAUAUUUACAGAUAAAUGUAUUAGUUCCCUGUUACAGUGAGCAUUUGGAAUGAUUUUUUUUUUUUUUAAUAUUCUAUAGUUAUUCACUUAAAUGUGAGCUGGUAGAAAUUCAAAAUAAAUUCAUAAUUUUAGACGGAAGUAACUGAACUGAUAGGAUAAUUUCACUUUAAAUAUACCCUUUCCCCCCCACCCUCCCAAUACACCCCGUAGUAAGUAACCUUGUAUAGAGUGUUGUAACCAAUAUGUAGCUCUCCAGCUGCUGUUGAACAACCCCUUUUGUUGCAGUUCCUUUCACCCACUGACACAUUUAUUAAAUUCAAGAUGAUUGCUGAGCAUCAUGGGAUUUUUUCCAUCACAUUUGGGGAUCUACCUGCUGAUUACCGCCUAUUCAGUGAAUGUAAACUUACCAUCACGAUAAAAUGUUCGCUCUCAGUGGCACCUCUUUCAAGCAAUGAGUUGUAAUUAAGUAUGCACUGCACAUUAUUUAUAACUAUUAAUGUUUGUGUCUUCUGGGAAACUACUUUACCUGGAAUAGGGUUUUCUAUUACAAGAUUGAAAUGGUGGAAGAAACCAGCUGUGGGCUUCCUGAUAAUAUCCAAUCUGCUCCCAGCGCUCUACACUGGACUAAUUCACCAGCGAGGAGCACUUGACAUUAUGUCCUAUAUCCAGCAGCAGUGCAAAGCGGAGAAUAUGUCAACAUCCCUUCUUGUUCUGAUGCCCUGUCACUCUAUUCCUUAUUACAGGUAGGUGGAUCCAGCGGCUGCAUGUCUUGAAAACCACAGCCUCACUAAUAAGAACACUUGUGUAAUUCACUGUUUAUAAUCAAACAUUGCAACCUGUUAAUAAAUGUAAGGGUUUUAUUCACUGGAAGCCAAGUUGUAGUGUAGUACUGGAAUACAAAUUGCUGCAUUGAAAGAAAUACUCUAAGCAUCAGAACAACUUUAGCUUAACGGCUCUGUCACCCCCAUAUCAAAAAUGAUUAUUUCUUAUUAAUGAUACAGUCUUUAUGAAAUACUCAUAGUGACUGUGCUGGAAUUUCACUGAAUUCCAACCCAGUCAAAAGAUUUACAGAAGACAAUGUCGGGGCUACUUUGUUUCAGUAUUUUUCCUACACUAUACAAAAAGUCAGAGCUACUGCUUGUUGUUUCCCCCAAGCCUAGGGAGCCUCGCUGUACAAAAAUAUCAGAAUGAGUAAACUGUAGUAAAUAUAUCACCCUUGACACCAAUCACAAAUAAACACCUAAGGAGGUAUUGGCAGCUGCGUACAAUUGUAGUAAUCAGAGAGUAACACCAUCUGUAGGCAGGAGAAAUACAGGAGAUUGGGGCAUUGAGGGUAUACAAAAAGACCAGACGUAUGUUUGAAUUAAAGAGGUAGUAACCCUCUGUGUAAGCCAAUGCUGCCUCCUUUUGGUGAAGUUAAUCAGCUAUUAGUGAAACACACAUAAAGCCAGAUAACCUGGCCUUCACUAUCCCUGUCAAUUCCCUUCUAGGUUAUAAUAAUCAUCAUUUAAAAAGGAGGCAAAACUGUGCUAAAACAUGAAAUAAACAGUGGGCCAAUGCAAAUUUCAGUACAUCAAAAAGCACCUUUGUUAGGGUACUGAAAUAUAUUGAGGUAUGUUUUGUUUCACAGUUUAUAAAGGUGCCAUUUCAUAUAGAGACACUUUUAUAACUGUGUGCAGAUACAUCCACUCGCUGUCAGACAGCCAGGAAGGUUUUCCUGAACUUUUAUUGCACCAUUCUAGACCACACCUGCCUUCCCCCCAAUCUUAUAAUGAACUCUACUACAGCCUAUUUUGGAAGCAUUGAAAAGCAGUGUGCAUACGUGGCUCUAACACAGAGGCUUCUCACUGAAAGGCCUCUGAUUGCUCAAUUUCCCGACAAAGCCUGUGCCAGCAGCUAUUGCACACGUUUCUUCCUCAAAGACCCUAAAAUAAAACAUACAGAAAAAAGAAAUCUAUCAAAUACUUAAAAUUGUAAUGGAGUGUUCCUUUAGCAGGAGGGCUGUUAUGUCAUGUAUUGCUGUUAGGCAGUGCAGUGUAAAUAUUAUAAUUGGUUGCCUGCUCUAAACACUGUUGCGUAGCAACACAUGUACACGUGAUUUGCUUGUUUGGUCUAUAUAGAAUUUAGACUCCGGUGUUAGGUUAGCUAAAUACUGACACAUGUGCUUCUAGUUAUUUGGCAAACCAUGCCCUCAGGUUCAAUGAGCAAAUGUGAUUUACUUUUGUUUCACUCCCCCUAAACUAAACAUAUGUAUUGUAUUGUUUUUUUGUUUCUUUUUUGACAGAAGUAGCUCGUUUGCAGACAGUCUCCAACUUUGAUCUAAACCUAGGUUUGCCAUUUUAGCCUACAUUUUGCUGUUUAUGAUAUCUGACCAACUGCCCUCAGAUGUGAUUAUUUACAAUUGCCACCAAGACAGGCAGACUGCAGUACAUACCGUAGCAUCAUGUUUAAAGGAUAAUAGCAUCUUGAGACUUGGACUUCAGUGUGCAUCUUUUACAUUAAACAUUGCAGAGAAAGAGGCAAAUAUUGCUUUACUUUAUCAGUGUAAAUAAAUGACUUCUCGUGGGGCAUAUUCACAACAAGCCAAGACAGUGUGUUACGGGAGCAUUUAAAUUAUGUGCACUGUGCAUUCUACUCAAUCGGUAAUUGUGCAGUCGUAUUCUCACACACUCUUACUUGUGCAUUUUGCACAACUUUUCAGAGAUAUAAUACAAGAAACAAAAAUUAGACGUGAUCCAAUGUAUAUAACGUGUUAGAUGUCUUACCCAAGCCUCUUGAUGACCUUUUAAUGUAUAUCAGCCUACCUCAAAUCCUCUUACAUUUAAACUCGUUUGAGCUGGGCUUUCUUCACUUUCAAAUUAUCCCCAUUUUAUAAUUGUAAAGCACAAUGUAAUCUGUUGUUGCAGUAUAAAUGCGGAUAACUAAAAUAGAUUAAAAGGUUUACCGUUUUGCAGUUAUUCAAAGCUGCAUUAACAUAGAUAGGGGUUAGUGUUCCAGACCUGAUUUAAUACGAACUCUUGGAAGAUAAAAGUAAAGUGUGUUAAAUGCAUUUUUAAAAGGUUAUGUUGUAGACUUAAAACACAGUGGAGGAAAGGGAUAACUAACAAGGAACACUGUUAAUCUAUAUAUAAUUCUAUUUUUUCCCAGUCAUGUGCACUGUCGUAUAAAAAUGAAUUUUCUGGAGUGCCCUCCUGACCUUUCAGACCAUGACAGUUAUGUUGAUGAGGCCGACCUGUUCUAUGUGAGCCCAAUGGCUUGGCUGAAUGCAGAGUUUUACAAUACAACACAGCUACCAACACACCUGGUCAUGUUUAGUGUUUUAGAACAGGUUGGUAUCCCAUUAAAAGCUUCUUGAUGCAAAUAAAUCAAUGAAACAUUUCAUGUCAUUCAGAGUGAGGAUUAAACACACAUGGGUUUUUGCCUGAUACAAACCACCAUAAUGGGUUAUGGGCUCAUUUAAGGUAGGGUUGGGGAGAGAGGGGCUGUGUGAUGUAAAAUUGGGAGUGCUGCAAAUCUCCAUGAUAUUUUAGUUCUAGUUCUAAUAAUUUCUUACCAGCUUGUUUUACUUCUAUUUUAUUUUUUUAAACUUAGGAAAUCCUUCCAUUUUUAACUGCACACCAUUAUAUGAAGACGGCAUCUGUAUUCCAUACUCAAUUACCAGAAGGUCGAGUUGGAAGCCAUAUCUAUAUGUAUGAACAGAAAACAUGAUUUUUUUUUAAAAAAUCAACAUUUUAUGAAAUGGUACAUAAACAUUUCCAUGAAAGUGAACUUUAUUUUAUUUCCCUCUAAGAGGUGGCAGCAAACCGGAGUAAUUACACUGAAAUAGGUAAAAAAAAAAAAAAUAAAAAAUAAAAAAAUUAAGACAAAAUCAGGAAAUACCGGUGGUCUGUAAAAUGCAUGUACAUUUAGUGUUUUCAUUUAAAAAUGGACUGUACAAAUUUUUGGGAAUAAAAGGUUUAUUUGUCCAGUUUGUCUUUAUUUUUCUGCAAACAUUGAGAAUUGUAACAAAUUUCCUUAGAGAACCAGCAAGCUCAUUUGUAUGCAACUACGUCUUCCUACAGAAUUUUGUUUUGUUUUUUUUAACCACAAAACAGAGAAGUCAAAUAAGCUAGCGGUAAGCAGACCCUGAACCAUCCCUCCCCAAAAUUCAAAGAGAAAAUUAAAAAAGUCAACACUGCACUUAGAAUUAGCACGACAAACGUAGACAAUUCAGUUGAGUGAUUCAGACUGCCAAAAAGAGUGGACUCACACCCAUGCUUCUACAUGCUGUUACCGCCCACUGACCAGAAAUUCGAUUCAUUAAAUCAUAUCCACAAACUCGGAAACCCAAAGCAGCAAACUAUGGUUAGAACAGGACCUCACAAACAGUCUCAACUGUUGACGAACUACUGGGAAGUAACAGGUUAUCAACCGUUUGAGAGACCCAGGCUCGAUACCCUUGUGUUAGGACGCCUUGCACAUGUAACCUUCAGCAUCCAGUACAGGACAUUGUUAAUCAAGGUAAUUAUCUAGUUCUAAUAACCACACUACAUGAAUGCAAGUGAUCCCAAGUUUAAUAUUUUGGGUCGAAUGGUAACUGCCCCAGAUCUAUUUCAACAUUUGCCAUGUGUCUUCCAUUAGCACGUCCAUGUCGGUUCCAUUUACCUUCCCUUCUGUAAUGGUUUCUUUCAGGUUUCUGCUCCUGUUUUCUGUGUCCGGGACUUUCAGGGUCCUUAUAUGGUGGCAUUUUCUCAGGUUUCCUUAAAGAAAAUAAAAGCCUAACGUUAAUACAGCUUACUUUUUUUUUUUUUUUUUUUACACUGAAAUGUUCC